UGGAUCAUGGCGGACACAAGGUCCAGAAAAACCCUCGCAGAAUGGGAGGCUCUAUUUCAGAAAUCUCUGGGGAAAUUAUCCGGCAAAUGUUACAGAUCGUUUCUUCUUGAUCUUGCAGCUAUUUAUGUCGGCCUCAAGCCGUCAUUACUGUUUGAUUAUGCCGUCGUCGAUUUAACCAAUGCCAGUAUUUUGAUGGCAGCUUUAUCAGCGUCAGAAUGUUUAGUUCCCUAUUCCUUGAACGUUCUCAAAGUCAGUGAAGACAUAUUCUUCGCAGAUUUGGCAAAUAUGGUGAGUCAUCUGAAAAAAACGGUUGAGCAUGAAGAGUUCACUUUAGUUGACGUCUCUGGAAAAUUGCAAGAACCGCGCAUCUUGCGAACGGAGGCCUCGAUGGCUGUGAAGAAGCAGUUUGCCAGAAUCGUUGAAUUGUUAGACCAGAAAUUGAAACAUGUAUCUACGGACAUGACGCAAAGUGAUGGAGCACCUGGAACAUCUGAGGUUUUAAAUCUAAAUGAUGUCAGUGGCAACGACGAAAACUGGUGCAUGCCUUGUGUAUUUGGUUUUCUUCUUGGUUAUCCGGUAAUUUACUGGUGUGACCAAGACAGUGAUUGUAACUGCCUGAACUUAGUGCCUCUUAACCGUUAUACUGUGACUGUUAAAGAGUCCUCAUUGAUAUUUCAUUACAAAAUGUUGCUUAGGAGCAGUAGUCUUUUGGGGGGUGAAAAAGCGGAAAGCUGUGAUGGUCAUCUAGUGUUUUCCUUCACUGCUCCAGUGGAACUUGAACCUUAUUAUGAGUCAAAAGUCAGUGGCUGGAUAAAAAGAAUAUGUGGUAUGGGUAAGGCACUUGGAAUGAGUGAGCAUCUGACAGUUAAGAAGGAGCAAGUGUCAUUUGCACAGGUGACUUUGUAGCAAUCUAUUUGGAACUUGACCUCUGAAAAAGCCUCUUUCUUGGAUUGUGUAAAGGUAAUAACAGUAUGGCUGCAUGCAUCCUAGGUAAAUUUUCUUUUUAUUUACAGUGGGCUUAAAUAAAUAUGUUAAUGCAUGUUUUAUAUAGCCACAUCAGUGGUAGCCUUCUACAUGUGCAUUGACGCUCUGUAGGCCUGUCAUGCAUUCUAACUGCCCCAGGAACCUUCGUGUGGGAGGAAGAUAUUAUGACAAGUCACAAGAACAACUGUGAAGAAGGUACAUGUAACAGAUACAGUGGAACCCUGCCUUACGACCACCCCG